AUGCAGAUCUUCCUUCUGGGUCUCGACAACACCACGCACACCAUUGAUGUGGAUUCUUCCACCACCCUUAGAGAUAUCAAGGGAAUAAUUGGAGCCGGAAGCGAGCACACUAUCUCUUAUGGAUCUAAGAUGCUCGACGAGCAGCUCACCAUUGGGGAAUGCCAAAUCGACAGCCUCUCGACCCUUUCCGUGAACGGAAGACUUCUCGGAGGAAAGGUCCACGGUUCUCUUGCUCGUGCCGGAAAGGUCCGUGCUCAAACUCCAAAGGUCGAUAAGCAAGAUAAGAGAAAGAAGAAGCGCGGACGUGCCUUCCGUCGCAUUCAAUACACUCGUCGUUUCAUCAACGUCGCUACUGGUCCAGGAAAGAAGCGUGGACCAAACUCCAACUCUUAA